AUGGACCCAAUAUUUUACACUCUUCUAGGUAUGGGAAUAGGAUACAUUGGAUCUCAAGUUCUCACGAAUAAAAUCUUCCAAAAUAAGUAGAAUAAGAAUCCAUAAUAGAAUUAACCUACCAAGAAAUUCCUACCCUCAACUCCUGACAUUAAAAAAGCAUUUCAAUAAAAUCAAAUCCCUUAACAAAUCCAAAGAAGAAUUGAAUUCAAUGAUUAAUUGAGAAAAAUCGUCAAAAUUUAACCUCCUCUAGAGUAACAGGAUACUGAUAGUUAAUUUUCAUAACCACAAGAUUCAGAAAAUAGCAAGCCCAAUCAAUUCAAUAAUUCUGAUCAUAACACCCAGCCUCAAACUCCCAAUUUUCAAAACAUAGCCUAAGCCAAAUCUAAUAUUCAAUUGUUUGUUACUCCAGAAUAAAUCCAAUAAAUGAACACAUCCCCUUUAAUUUUACAAUAAAAUAAAUUUAGCGUCUCUUAAAAACAUCGCCCUUAGAGUACCUCAUCGGUUAGCCAUUCAGAAUCAUCACCACAAUCUAGCGAUAAAGAAGAAUGAGAUAAAUUUAUAUAAUUUUAUUAUAAAGUGGUGUUGCAUUCUCAUACUUAAAUAUUGAUUGA